UGCUCCAGCGAAGCUGCACUCCCGGCAAUGAGGACGCCACUCUGGCACCUGCCCGCAUACUCCGACUGAAAAGCCAUGCUGAGACCCAGGGACCUGUGCCAGGACUCCGGCACCAAGACCUUCUUGGAUGCCAUGCAAAAUGGGCAGGUGCACUUGGCACGCUUUGUCCUCGAUGCCAUGGAUGGCAGGAUAAUUAACUCCAAGACUGAGAACAACAAAACUCCUCUGAUGUACGCCGUCACUCUGCCCGAGGCUGGCAGCAGAAUGAAAUUUGCUCGGUUGCUUCUGGAGAAAGGAGCAGAUGUGAACUGCCAGGAUGAGCACGGCAGGACAGCACUGAGCCUGGCUUGUGAGAUGGGCCACCUGGACGUGGUCAAGCUGCUGGUGCAGUUCAGCGCCAACCCAGAAAUCACAGACGCCUGGGGGAACGGCGCCCUGGCAUACGCGUCCUGCGAGGGCCACACUCACAUCCUGGACUUCCUCGUCCGAGCUUUCAAGCGGCUGGGCAUAACAACGGGGCAGGUCAGCAGUGGAAGCCGGCCAUCUCUGCCAUGGCAGGUGUCAUCUGGGCAGCUGAACCAGGAGCAGAGGCAGGAGAGGCGGCCCAACAGGCUUCCAAAACAACUCCUUGAGCGCUUCACCCAACAGCUCCAGAACAAGUGCGAAGACCACCUGCCCGCCGUCUUCCAGAGGCACUUCAAAAUGGGUGAGCGGCAGGGAACACCCGAGCACUCGCCACACAGAAGGGCAGUGCCACUGAGCCCACUGGUAAGAACGAAGACGGAGCCUGCCAAUGGAUCACCACGCAGCCCCAGGUGGGAGUCGAAGGACCGAAAUGCAUCCAGAAGAAGCCAGACGCCCUCCCCGGCCAGCUACCGCAAAGCCAGGUUUAGCGUGAGUGUCUCAGCUCAGUCCCCCCCACUGCUUCCAGCCUCAGCCUUCAGGAGGUCCUGCCACACCCCACCACCCCGGCAGGCCUGCAUAGCCGCCACCUUGAGCUCCCAUUUCCUGCGGCGCUUCACCUCCCCGGAGUUCUCCAGAUUCAGCAAGGAGAUGGAGGGCAGCCGAGCGCGGAGGUGCAGCUCCGAGACCUUCCCGCUGACCUGUGCGCGCCAGGCCAACGUCGACAAUGGGGGCAGCCUGCAUUGCGAGUUCAGACCGGGUUCACCCUCGUUAUGAGAUGGCAACAGCUGGCAUGGACCCCUGCCCUUAACUCCAGUGAGUAAAACCAAUGGUCCCCACAAACUCUGUGCACUUCGGAAAGGCGCUAUAGUGACUAAAGCUGCAGCAUGCCGCAUGACUUGCAAAUGAACGAAAACGAAGAAGCCACCUGGUGACAGAAAAUGGCAUUGCAGGACACUUAGAACGCUCUUAGAAGCACAAAAAAAGGGAGCCUCGCUGCAAAACCUC